UGAUAUUUGUCACAGAUGUUUUCACUAAGGUUACGUUGUGUUGUAUAAUCCGCCAAAGAGACGUUUACGAAAAGCAUUCCAAAAGAUCUUAUUAGACUCUGUGAAAAGAUCCCAAUGCAUUCUGGAGUUGAAUGUCCUUUGCAAGCAGUGUGAGGCCAAAAAUAGCUUUUGAUUAUCACUAGUACUCGAGAUUUGUGCGUCAUCAUAACCUCGUUCGUUAAUCGUUUUAUGUUCCGCGAAUAUUUGAUACAUUUCAUUUCGACAGUCUAUGCUCGUGGCUAUUACAUCGCUUUGUUGUUCAUUCUUGGGCAAGGACGCGUGAAUGUAAUUCUGUUAAAAAAAAUUGCCCUUUUAAAAUUACGGAUCUCUAUUCUGCGACGUAUUUCCGAAUAAACAACCUAACUUAAUGCAUUGUGAGAAGCAUUUUUCGUUUUCUGGAAAGUGAUCGAAAGAGGGGCGAUUUUCGUUUUCUCUCUUCAUUCGAAGAGCAUUCUUCAUUGGUCUGGCGUCGCUGUAUGUCAUCAUGAUAAACCAUUUGCAUACGAGAGUCAAGCAAGUUGGUCCGAAAUGGUUAGUACUCUCUGGUUUUCUUGUUCUUCUGAUAUAUUUCUUUAAACUAAACAUCGACACGCAUAAUACGCAUGAACUAGACAGCGAGCAAAAUCCUCGAUUUCCAUGCGAACGAACGACGCAAGAAAUGAAGGAACUCGGCGAACUGUUUAAGGAUGUUCACGAAAUCUUAAACCGAAUGCGCAUUCGACAUUUUCUCAUCUACGGAUCGAUUUGGGGUGCCUAUCGUGUUCAAGGACCAUUGCCAUGGGAUUAUGACAUUGACAUCGGAAUCUUGGGCGAUGAAGCGUAUUCAAAAAUCCCUCAUAACGAAUUCAUAAAAGCGUUCGAAGCCAAAGGAAUUAAGGUUGACGAUCACACUUCACUCUCGAGUUGUUACUAUUUCAGGCGAGGGGAUUUCGCUCAAGUGGAUGUCGACAUUUUUUAUAGAACGCGAAACUACAUGCACCGAAGCGGUUUGGUCACUUGGAUUUUGUAUUAUAAUUAUCAGAUGUAUCACACUUUCCCCUCAUGGAUGCUUGACGAUCCUUUACCGACCGUAAAAUUCAUCGAUGUAGAAAUGCCAGUACCUAGGGGUGGUAAAGAAAUUCUCAAAUAUUUAUACCCACACGACUGGGAGACACCGUUCGUUCCUGCUGCUUGUCGCUCAGUUCAAAACAACGAGUUGCUUGCGAGCCGAAAUGUCACUAUCGACUGAGAGUGAGGGGGAAUUUGAAGCAAUCCUCGCUGAGGUUUUCUCGUUUGAUCAAAUUUUUGUAAAAUAAAUACUCAACUUCCUUGCAAUGCAUUCACGAAGACGUUUGGAAACAUUAAGGCAUGGAAUACAAUUUGUUUUCAUUUGUCCAACAAAGAAUAUUUUUUAUCCGCCCAAUUGUUGUCACGUAAACGAUAUUCGCUUGUAGUUGGUAUUCGAGAACAUCUGCUGCAAAUUAGCUUUUAGAAAAAGUCAGAGGUAGAAAUAGUUGCCAUACCUUUGAACAUAAAUUAUGAUCGACGAUAGAAAAACAUAGCCAUACCAGUAAUUCUACUUGGAAACAAAAAUAUUCUUUGUAAACCGGAUAUUUAACUAAAACUACGCAAAUUGGUGGCAUUUCUAUUUGUAUGUGUGUUGGCAAAGUGAAGCUAAAAUGGUUCAUUUUAAUAUGUUAAUAUAACAGUCCAGUAACAUGAA